GCUAUUCCCCGGACUUCACAUACACAUACAUAUAGAUUGUCCUUGUUCUAGAUUUCCAACACUAGCCUAAGUGUUUUCUCAUUAAACUUUUAAAAAUAACUAUUUACGUUAAUGGAAUAUUGAUAAAAUUCGUAGGAAUUAUAACCAACGUUAUUAAUUUGACUUUUAGUUUGAAGAUGCGGCCACCACUGACCGGGAACUGGAACUGACUCCGGUUUUUGCAGGUUUCAGCUUUUCAGUCAUGGGUCUCGUUUCAAAGUUCAGUGGCUGUAGAGGAGUGUGGCAUUUACACCGGAUAAUAUUAAGUCGGUAGAUGUCGUGCAAAUACUGAGCGACGUAAAUAAAGAAAUACGUAAAAAAAAAACAAGGUGAAAAUGCCAAAUUCAUUGGAAUCGCUAGUAAAUUUGCUUGAGUCUUAUAGGGGAAGAGACAAAGUGAAUUCUAUGCUACGGGUCCCUGUUAGCUGGUGGGAUCGUUUCCCGGAGAGGAUCAGGAUCGUCACAGCUGGGAAACAGACUGCUGCUGUUUUCAUCCCGGCUCAGCGACUGUCGCACUGUCCUGCGUCUCUUCGAUGACCUUUCCAUGUUCGCUUACACUUGGAGUUACGGCUUAGGCGUCUCUGAGGAAGAUGCGGGGGUGCGCUGGAUAUGCGUGAUUAAUAAUCUGGCCGAUCAGUUGUACUACCCAUUGGAGCACAUCGCAUGGGCUGCUGAUGCUCGGCUCAUCGGUGUUAAGUCCGCGAGGUGGUGGACGCUGAGCACGUUGAUGUGGGCCGUAUCGCUGCUGAUGAACAUUCUCAGGUCAGUCAGAGUCAUUCUGCUGCUGCGGAAGAAGCUGAGGAAAAAUGGGAGAACCAAUCAGAGAAAGGGGAGUCUCAGUGAGGCCGGGGUGAGCAGGAGCACUGAGGUGCAGCAGCAGGUGCACAGCGAAGUCCUCUCUAUCCUCUCCAGUAUGGCCGACCUGAGCAAUGCCAUCCAUUGGCUGCCUCCGGGUUUCCUCUGGUCCAGCCGCUUCCCUCAUUGGCUAGUGGGACUUCUGGGCACAGUGUCCUCUCUGAUUGGCUUAUACCAGACAUAUUCUGGUGGAGGGGCUAAUGGCUAGUAUUUGCAUUUUAUGAAGAAUGAUUACCUACUGCAGGGUUAUUCACUCACGGUCCUUGAGGUCCGAGCACUGCUGGUGAAGCCUCUGACCAAUCAGAAUCAGUAAUUAUUAAACAACUAGCUGGGAGAACUGAAAACAUGGCCUGGAUUUGGAAUCGAGGUCCAGAGUUGAAGAACCCUGGCCUACUGCCUAGCCUCUAAUAGAAUGUUUUACAGUUCUCAUGGAUACUUGGGUUCCAGCCUUUCAUCAUAAACUUUGUAAAACACUGUAAGCAGUGUAAAUAUGUUGUUUUUUCAAAUUACUGUUCUAUUUCUCUUUUUUGAGAUUGCAGUCUUUUUAUGACACAUAUUGUUAAAUAACAUUACAGAAUGAUCAUAAAAUGUGUGUGCAUAUGAGUUGAUUUAAAUAAAUGUCUCUGAAUAAGCGUGUUUCACAUUGCUCUUAAUUGCUGUAAACAAUAAAACUGAUGUACUGAUUGCACUUCAGUUGUCAUUAUAACGUUUGCAAUAAUUUUAAUAAUGUUAUAGAUUCCACCUGCCCUCAACAGGAAAAGUAGUUGGAUGAUGAAUGGAUGGAUUCAUAUAUGAUUUUGAAUUACUGAGUAGUUACAUAAAUGCUUUCUUUUGACUGUUUAAAUGAUUAUGCCUCGAUGUUUAAUCGUAUUUUAUGACACAUUGUGUGUUUAGCAGGAUUUUUUCAGAUUUAUCUGACAAUAGAAACUUUUUUCACUAGUUAUUAUUUGUGUAGUUGCCGUAUAGCUGUUAAUAAUCUAACAGUUUUCCCUGCUGUUUCUGUAAAUAUGUUAAAUUAUACUUGCUCAUUAAUAACUUGAAAAUUAAAUAAAUUUCUAUACA